CUGUUCCGGUAGUUGUCAGUAGAGACGCUAUUGCGUCUCUCUCUCUCGCAGGUAGGGCCUCAGAGCAAAGAUGGCGACGGACAAACAGAAACAUGAAGGCAGGGUGAAAAUCGGACAUUAUAUUCUCGGAGACACCCUAGGAGUCGGAACAUUUGGAAAAGUCAAAGUGGGCCAGCAUGAGUUGACAAAGCACCAGGUGGCAGUAAAGAUUCUGAACCGGCAGAAGAUCCGCAGUCUGGAUGUGGUGGGGAAGAUUCGACGCGAGAUCCAGAACCUCAAACUCUUCCGUCACCCGCAUAUAAUCAAACUUUACCAAGUCAUCAGCACACCUACAGACAUCUUCAUGGUAAUGGAAUAUGUGUCAGGAGGAGAACUCUUUGACUACAUCUGUAAAAAUGGAAAGUUGGACGAGAAGGAGAGCAGGCGUCUGUUCCAGCAGAUCAUCUCAGGGGUGGAUUACUGCCACAGACAUAUGGUGGUGCACAGAGACCUCAAGCCUGAGAACGUCCUGCUGGACGCACACAUGAAUGCCAAGAUUGCAGACUUUGGCUUGUCAAACAUGAUGUCAGAUGGAGAAUUCUUAAGGACGAGUUGCGGUUCUCCUAAUUAUGCUGCUCCUGAAGUCAUCUCUGGAAGGUUAUACGCAGGGCCUGAGGUGGACAUCUGGAGCAGUGGUGUGAUUUUAUACGCUCUGCUGUGUGGAACGCUGCCGUUUGACGAUGACCACGUGCCAACGCUGUUCAAGAAGAUCUGCGAUGGGAUCUUCUUCACGCCUCAGUAUCUGCACCCCUCCGUUAUUAGCCUUCUGAAACACAUGCUCCAGGUGGACCCCAUGAAGAGAGCCACCAUUAAAGAGAUCCGGGAGGAUGAGUGGUUUAAACAAGAUCUCCCCAAGUAUCUGUUCCCAGAGGAUGCUGCGUAUAGCAGUAAUAUGAUUGAUGAGGAGGCACUGAAGGAGGUGUGCGAGAAGUUUGAGUGCACUGAGGAGGAGGUACUCAACUGCUUGUACAGUCGCAAUCUCCAGGAUCCUCUUGCUGUGGCCUAUCACUUGAUCAUAGACAACCGGCGCAUUAUGAACGAGGCCAAAGAUUUCUAUUUGGCCUCCAGCCCCCCGGACAGCUUCCUAGAUGACCUGCCUGCGCACCACUCUGCCAAGAUUCACCCCGAGAGAGUGCCAUUCCUGGUGACUGAGUCCCAGCCACGUCCUCGACACACGCUGGAUGAGCUUAACCCCCAAAAGUCCAAGCAUCUCGGUGUCCGGCGGGCCAAGUGGCACCUGGGAAUCCGUAGCCAGAGCAGACCGAAUGAUAUCAUGAGUGAGGUCUGUCGUGCUAUGAAGCAGUUGGACUAUGAGUGGAAGGUAGUUAAUCCUUAUUACUUGCGAGUGCGGAGGAAGAACCCAGUCACUGGCAUACAUACAAAGAUGAGCCUCCAGCUCUACCAGGUGGACAGCAGGACCUACUUGCUAGACUUCAGGAGCAUAGAUGAUGACAUGAUAGAAGUAAAAUCAGGGACUGCCACACCUCACCGCUCUGGCUCAGUCGGUAACUACCGGAAUACCCUAAAGAACGACAGGAACGAAAAAAACGAAUGUGAGGAUGCAGCAAAGGGCGACGUGUCCGCUCCCUCCACGCCUCCGCUAACUGGAGGGAAAGCGGCAGAAGGCUCUCUGGCUUCUUCUCUUACCUCCUCAGUGGAUUCUGCAGGGUGCGAGAUCCUCCCCCGCCCAGGAAGUCACACCAUAGAGUUCUUUGAGAUGUGCGCCAACCUCAUCAAGCUGCUAGCGCGAUAACUUGUGGUCCCUCUGAUGCCUUCUCUCUCACUCUCCUCUGUCUUCCCUCUCACUCUCUUUCUUCUGGAAUACUGUCUACCUCUUCAUCUUCUGGUAUCCGUGUCAUCAUCCACAGUAGUCCUUCUAUCUCUAUUCUUUUCGUCUCUCUUUUUCUCUCUCAGUGUCUUUAGAGCAAUAAGCAUGCGGACAGACUCAAGACUCCAUGCAUCCCACUCGCAUGACAAAGCUGAAUGGUCUGUGGCACUACAGUCGCCAGGAUCAGCCUGUUUAAGAGGACUGAGAAAAGGUACAAGAAGGUUGUUUUUUGUGCCACAGUUAAGAUGUCAGAAAGAUUGCUAUGCUAAGCCACUUUAUAGUGUCUAAACUCUGUUAGAGAUGGUUUUCUAGUUCUUUUUUUGGUUUUAUAGCAAGGAUUUCCUUGCAGAGUGAGGCGUAGAGGUGCAUUUAAAUGAGUUCUACACUGAGCUAGAUGUACUGUACACAAUGCUGUUGUGAUUCUUGGCGGACCAAGAGAUGUAUAAAGAGAGAGCCCUUGUGAGGACUGUGGGAUGAUGAGUAAGACAGAAAGCGCUUUUGCACAGUUUUACCUGUAAGUUUUUGUGGGCCAGUGUCAGAGCUGGUUAUCCCAUUGUUGUGGCCUACUGGGAAGGGCACUCGAUUAGGAGGAGCCGUCUUAAAAAGUGGGGCCAAUUUAACGUGGUGGGCACUUUAACACAAAGGGACAACUUGAUAAGUCAGUCUUUCUUAAGGAAGAGACCAAUAUUAAUCCCAUUUAUCCUGAAGGAGUGCAAUGUCCUUGCCUCUGUUUCAUAGAUUUUUGUUUGUUAGUCACACCUUUUUUUUUCUAUUCGCUCACAUUUUACAUAAAUUGAAGUAUAUACAGAAUUUCAACAUGCAUUUGGAUUUAUAUUUAUCAGUGCUUUAAAUGGGGUUGUAGAUUGUAUUAAAAUAGUGAUAUUGGACUGGAUUUUUUUUUUAAAAGAAGAAUAUUUGAUUGUAUCGCUGUAAAAUGUUUUAUUCCAUACACUGCUUUAUCAAAAACAUUUUUUCUUUUUACUAUUAUUUUAUUUGUUUUACAACACCGUGGUUGCUUGAAAUCAAAUGUAUUUGUAUCCUCCUUCCCCACACACUUUCACAAAUUAAUUCACUGUAGUAAGGUUAGUAUUAAAACUUUUUUUUUUUAUGUUGGCUGAGAUGUGUUAAAAAAAAAAAACACAUAGCUGAAGUGUCUAAUAAAGUUUAUCAUGGCAAUGAAAAUGGAAAAAGAUUAAAAUAAAAGUUGAAAUAUUGGCACAUACUAACUGAUCUCCUGAGCGAAUCAUAGAGCCAAAGUCAUAAUCGUAAGAUCAUAAAAUAGAAAAACACUUCCUACUUGCAUGUGACUUUGUGUGCGCUCAUAUGAGUCUGUAAUAAACACAAUUCUACAAAAGUCCCAAAGGAAAGAACUGCAACCUGUUAACAAUGAACGGAAUUAUUUUGGGAGCUUACUGACAGAUGUAAUCAUCUUCUCAAGAUCAGUUCUUUCAAUGUAUAUUUCAUAGAUGAAAAUUAAAACAAAAGUUUUAAGUUGCUCUUGUUCAUUCGCCUGCCCAGAGCUCCAGCUAUGUUCAAAUAAAAUAUCCCAAAUUCAAUGCUAAAAAAAGCUAAGACGUCAUUUUAAAUAAUAAAUGUAUUCUAUGCCAUGUAUGGCACAUCGUAUUUACAUUUUAAAGUCUGAAUGUCUUAACACACAUUCUUACUGCAUUAAAGAAAUAACUCUUAGUUCUUAAAAAUGCAGCAUUAUCAUAUUCUCAAAAAAGAAAAGAGAUUUAAGGCCAGUAAUUCUGAUUUGACCUUUGUUUCAUGUUAAGAUCUAGUUUCCUAAAAGGAUAAUGUUGUUUUUGUUCUAAACUCAUUUCAUAAUCUGUAUUAAUGAGACUUAAGAGCUAAAAUUUGACAAUCUGUGCUUUGCAAGUCAGCUUAAGACAAAUCCAGAAAAAUUUAGUUUUGCUCUGUACCCCUUUAUCUUUUUUCCCUCCAAAGGUGAUUUCCCUGUGUAGUUGUCUUAAUUCAAAUGUUCACUCUUCUUUAUCACUAGGGAACCAUUUCAGUGUCUCCACAGGCUGUCUAUUCAGCCAUCGAAAAGAAGUUUAGAAAAUCUGUUGAUGUUCUUCUCUUAACUGCAUUAAUGUUGAUUAUCUGUGCAGAGAUGCAUCUCAUGGAGACUUGCCAAUGUAAAUUUACAGAUAAUUACUGAUCAUUUACAGCUGAAAAGAUGAUUUGUAAAUACAACUGCCUAAUAAACUGAUACAUGAAAGAUGA